AUGCCUCGUGGCGAGAAGGUUGCGUUGGGCGAUAUCAGCGUGCCAGAGGAUCGUGUUCUCCGUGCCACCAACUUCCACUGGAAUGCUACAGAUGCAGACGUCAACGAGUUCUUCGACGGCUACGGCCUGGUAGAUUGGAAACGAUCUAUCAACGUAAAGAGCGGCAAGUCAACAGUCGCUUACAUUUUGUUAAGCACGCUUGAAAACGUAGUUCGGGCAACUGAAGAGCUCAAUUGGAAAGAGCUGUUGGGUCGUCAAGUUCGCCUUAUGCGUGCGAAGGGAGGCUUCCAGCUGACGGCCUCGGGGUUAUUGAACCUCACAGACUCCGAUCGCGAGGUCACAUUCGGCAAACACUUUACACCAUUUCCACCUCUUGGCCCACCGCAAGCUACGUCCACCAGUGGAGCCUCCUCCAUGCUCCGACACCGCCCACGUAUUGAGAUGUUUCGAGCUCGCCAACACGGCCGUCAGCCUGACUUCGAUGGCCCGCAGCACCGAGUGCUCCUCAUCAGCAAGCUCCACCCCGACGCAGACAGGAACGCCGUCGUGCUCUUCUUCCAGGGCUUCCGCAUAGUCGAUUACAAGCGCAAGUACAACGACCGCCUUGGCAAAUACAACACGACCGCUUUCGUGCUGUUCGAGUCGGUCCAAGAUCGCGACCGUGCCAAAGCGACGAAAAACGGCCAGAAGAUCUUCGGCAGGGAGGUCAGCCUGGAUGUCGCAAUCAGGGGCAUCCGAGUUAGCAACGACGGAUUUCUGCCGGAUAACGCAGAUAUUGUGUCCCCGCCGAGAUCACAGCUCCGACCUGAGGCAAGGUCCUUCCGCAACGAGGGUUCCACUGCCCCAGCUACAGUUGUAUCAGCGGAUCGCCGGUUUGGGGUGUACCAUACGCCUAUGGCCGAUCAAACUGUUGGUCUCAGAUUCAAUAUCAACAAUGGUGCAUCCGUCGUCGACGAUCCCCAUAGGUGGGCGCAUAGCGACAAUCACAACUACUCACAUGAGCAACAUCGGAGAUAUCACAACGAAAAUCUCAUCACGAAGGCUCGAGGACAUGUAUACGCCCAAUCACCACAUAACAUCCACGACAAGCAAGCGGACUUCUCUCACGCUCCGUGGAGCGAGACGACCUUUCCUACAAAUAAUCAAGUGUCGUCUCGUCGCGGCCUCGGGCCCUGGAAUCUCGCCGGGAACGACAGCAAGGACAAAGAGCACAAUGUGCUUACGGAGGAGGAAUGGUAUGGCUUUCAGUAG